AUGAAUGAACAAAAACAAGGUGACGCCCCUACUGAAAGCAACAAUGUGGGAAUAGAAUGGGUAAUAGAUUAUGGUGAUCAAUUUACAACUUAUUCGAUAUUCAAUGGUAGAGAUGCAUUACUUAGAUGGGCUUGUGCACAAGAAAAGAUGAGUAAUAUUGUAAUUGUAAUUAGAAUGUCUGAUUAUGGAGGUGAGGGUAAGAGGAGACAUCAAGUAAUACUUGCUUGUGAGAGGAGUGGUAACUAUAAGUCUUGCAAGUCUAGUGAGACAACUGAUGUAAGGUCGGAUGCAAAUAGGGAUACGAAAAAGUGUGCUAAGGACACUGGUACCAAGAAAUGUGGAUGCCCAUGCUAG